AAACCGAAAGCAUUCAAAAGAUUUGUCAUUGCCGCCCAGGCAAUUGGCGCUGCAACUGCAAUACAAUCCCUCCACUUCCUCCAUCUAAAGCUUCCUUUUUCUGGUUUUCUUCUGUUUCUGCUUCUUCUUCCUCUCCCUGGGAUGCUUUAUCAUCUGUCUAAUUAAAACUUUUCUCUAGUCUCCUUCUUUUAGAAUUUCACCAGGAUUUCCUGGAAAGCUCCCUUUGCUGUUGAAGAUUCUGUGACUUCAUAGCUCUUGGUGCAUUUCUAGGGCACUGAUGGCUUGAAUAGUCAGUUAUGGGGUUGGGGAGAAAUGGCUGAAGAAGUUUUUUCAAAUUUGUUUGUUUCAAUAGAUGAGUGGAAAGUUAAGAUUCUGUUAUCAACAAUACCUACAUGAUAGUCAGGUUAGGCUUCUUGGUUGCUGCUUCAAUUGCAGCCUAUGCAGUCAAGCAGCUUAAUGUCCAAACCUCAAGGUCGUCAACUGGUCGAUUCAGGCCUUCAGAAAAUGCUGAAGCAAGUCUUGAGCAGUACCGACUCAAGGGGAAAGACAAGGAGCAGUUUGCAUAUUCUGAUGAUAGCCUCAAAGAGAAGGAUGGGAAGGAAGAAGAAGAAGAAGAGGAGGAAGAGGUCAAAUUGAUAAGUAGUGUAUUUAACCAAGCUCGUGGUGUUGCACCUGGCAUGGAAGAUGAAGAUAUUUUACCAGAAUUUGUAGAUCUUCUUUCUGGGGAAAUUGAAUAUCCAUUACCUAGUGACAAGAUUGACAAGGCUGAUAAAGAAAAGAGUUAUGAAAUGGAGAUGGCAAAUAAUGCAAGUGAACUGGAACGUUUGCGCAAUCUAGUAAACGAGUUGGAGGAAAGAGAGGUGAAACUUGAGGGUGAAUUGCUCGAGUACUAUGGAUUAAAGGAGCAAGAAUCAGACAUCACGGAAUUACAAAGGCAACUUAAGAUCAAGACAGUUGAGAUUGACAUGUUAAAUAUUACCAUCAACUCCUUGCAGGCUGAGAGGAAGAAGCUUCUAGAAGAGAUUACACAGGGAGAAUCUGCCAAGAAGGAAUUGGAGGUGGCAAGGAAUAAGAUAAAGGAGCUACAGAGGCAAAUUCAGCUUGAAGCUAACCAGACAAAGGGCCAAUUAUUGUUGCUCAAACAACAAGUUUUUGGUCUUCAGGCUAAGGAGGAAGAAGCCAUCAAGAAAGAUGCAGAGGUUGAGAAGAAGUUGAAGGCUGUGAAGGAGUUAGAGGUGGAAGUUGUAGAACUUAGGAGGAAAAAUAAGGAGCUUCAACAUGAAAAGAGGGAGCUGACUGUUAAGCUGGAUGCUGCCCAAGCUAAAAUAGCAGCCAUUUCCAAUAUGACAGAGAGUGAAAUGGUUGCCAAUACCAGGGAGGAGGUCAAUAAUUUAAGGCAUGUAAAUGAAGACUUAUUAAAGCAAGUAGAAGGACUUCAAAUUAACAGGUUUAGUGAAGUUGAAGAAGUAGUGUACCUUCGUUGGGUCAAUGCAUGCUUGAGGUAUGAGCUCCGGAACUACCAAGCACCUCCAGGAAAAAUUUCAGCACGUGAUCUUAGCAAAAGUUUGAGCCCCAAGUCCCAAGAAAAGGCUAAACAGUUAAUGUUAGACUAUGCAGGAUCAGAACGUGGACAGGGAGACACGGAUCUUGAAAGCAGCUUUUCUCACCCAUCUUCUCCUGGAAGUGAGGACUUUGACAAUGCUUCCAUUGAUAGCUCUACUAGCAGAUACGGUAGUCUCAGUAAGAAACCUAGUUUGAUCCAAAAGAUCAAGAAAUGGGGAAAAAGCAAAGACGAUUUAAGUGCUCUUUCAUCACCAUCCAGAUCCCUUUCUGGAGGUUCUCCAAGCAGGACAAGCAUAAGCCACCGACCAAAGGGUCCAUUGGAAGCCUUAAUGUUGAGAAAUGCUGGUGAUAGUGUAGCCAUCACUACAUUUGGAAAGGUGGAGCAAGAUAUUCCCGACUCUCCUAAAACUCCUCAAAAUUUUCCUCAUAUUAGAACACAAGUUUCCCCUGGUGACCCACUAAAUAAUGUUGUUUCAUCUUUCCAAUUAAUGUCUAAAUCAGUUGAAGGAGUUCUUGAUGAAAAAUAUCCAGCCUAUAAAGACCGGCAUAAAUUGGCCUUGGAGAGGGAGAAGCAGAUAAAAGAAAAAGCAGGGCAAGCAAGAGCAGCAAGGUUUGGUGAAAAAUCAAGUUUUGAUUCUAGAGCAAUUGGGGGGACAGAGAAAUCUGUAAGUCUGCCAUCACAGCUUUCUCAAAUAAAAGAGAAAUCAAUUGCUUCUGGUAAUUCAAAUGACCAAUCUAAUGAUGGCAAGGCUUCUCAAUUGAUAAGCAAGAUGAAACUUUCUGACAUUGAGAAGAGGCCUCCCAGGGUGCCUCGGCCACCUCCUAAACCAUCUAGUGGUGAUACAGUUGGCACAAAUAAAAUUCCUUCAAGUGGAGUGCCACCUCCUCCACCAGGUGCCCCGCCACCUCCUCCACCACCACCUGGUGGACCACCUCGUCCGCCUCCUCUGCCUGGAAGCUUGCCAAGAGGGGCAGGAAGUGGUGAUAAAGUUUACAGAGCUCCUGAAGUAGUUGAAUUCUAUCAGACAUUAAUGAAACGCGAGGCAAAGAAGGAUACAUCAUCUUUGAUUUCUUCAACAUCUAAUGCAUCUGAUGCUAGGAGCAACAUGAUUGGAGAGAUUGAAAACAGAUCAUCAUUCCUCUUAGCUGUGAAAGCUGAUGUGGAAACUCAAGGAGAUUUUGUCCAGUCAUUGGCAACUGAAGUUCGAGCAGCUUCCUUCACAAACAUAGAUGAUUUGGUUGCCUUUGUAAAUUGGCUAGAUGAAGAACUCUCCUUCUUGGUUGAUGAACGGGCAGUUCUCAAGCACUUUGACUGGCCUGAAAGUAAGGCUGAUGCAUUAAGAGAGGCAGCUUUUGAAUACCAGGACCUGGUGAAAUUAGAGACACAGGUCACCUCAUUUGUUGAUGAUCCCAAACACACAUGUGAAGCUGCUUUGAAGAAGAUGUACAAAUUGCUUGAGAAGGUGGAAAAUAGUGUAUAUGCACUUUUACGAACAAGGGACAUGGCUAUUUCACGAUACAGGGAAUAUGGGAUUCCAGCUGAUUGGUUAUUAGAUUCAGGAGUUGUUGGCAAGAUCAAGCUUUCAUCUGUACAGUUGGCAAGGAAGUACAUGGGACGUGUAGCAUCAGAACUUGAUGCGUUGAGUGGACCUGACAAGGAACCAAAUAGAGAGUUUUUGCUUCUUCAGGGUGUGCGUUUUGCUUUCCGAGUUCAUCAGUUUGCUGGAGGCUUUGAUGCUGAGAGCAUGAAAACUUUUGAAGAACUGAGGAGCCGUGUACAUUCCCAAAUGGGAGAGGACAAUAAACUAGAAGGAUCAUAAUUUUUUCCUUCGGAUUUUCUGUUGUAUAUUUCAUCUUCUCAUUUCGUGUUUGCAAAGCAUACUGAUACUGUCUAGAUUCUGAUAUACCAGUUUGAGCCUAAAAGAAAAGGGGAAGUUACCUUGUACA